CACACACAACGCACGUGUCGGGUGUGAAAGUUCAUGUGUGUGGAAAAUGAUGUAAUGUCCUAAAUUUCUCGUGAUGGAUUUUUUUUCUUUUAAUUGAUGUCAAAGAUAAUAUGUUCGUUCACUGAAUUAUCCUCAUAGAAGUGUGUUAAUAUGGCGAAGUACCUAGCUCAGAUUGUUGUUCUCGGGGCUCAAGUUGUUGGACGUGCAUUUACCAAAGCUUUGAGGCAAGAAAUUCAGGCAAGCCAGGCUGCUGCUCAGAGGGCUGGUGGAGGGAAGCGAGGUGCCAAGGCUGCUGCCACCAAUAGUUUAAUGGGCAUGACGACGGAAGAAGCACAGAAAAUACUCAACGUCUCCAAACUUGAUGAAGAGGCUGUAAACAAACAAUAUGAACAUUUAUUCAAAGUUAACGAUAAAGCCAAAGGAGGAUCAUUUUAUCUGCAAUCGAAGGUUGUUAGAGCAAAAGAAAGGUUAGAUCAAGAAAUAGUUGCAAGUAAAGAAGCUGCUUCCAGGAAAAGCAUUAAUCAAGGAGAAGAGAAACCAGGAACAUGAUGGAUCCGGGAUACUGUAGUUCGGG